AUGGCCGCCCUCCGUCACUCUGGCUUGAGGCCACUCUCCCUCGCCGGCAAGCGUCUCUCUGCUCCCUCGCCCGCAAGACAGUCUCUCUCCCAGACCCUCUCGCGACCCUUCUCCGCCUCAACCGCCAGAAUGGUCUCCAGCUACUACAGCGGCGAGCCUGAGGGCCCUGUCAUCAAGACCGACAUCCCCGGCCCCAAGUCCAAGGAGCACCUUGCCGCCCUGGACAAGGUCUUCGACACCCGCAGCACCAACAUGCUCGCCGACUACACCAAGAGCUUCGGCAACUACAUCGUGGACCCCGAUGGCAACACCCUCCUGGACGUCUACGCCCAGAUUGCUUCUAUCCCCAUCGGAUACAACAACCCGGCCUUGGUCGACGCCGCCAAGAGCCCCGAUAUGGUCAACGCCAUCAUCAACAGACCUGCGCUGGGCAACUUCCCCUCCCACGACUGGGCAUCUGUCCUCGAGACCGGUAUCCUCAAGGUUGCCCCCAAGGGAUGCGACCAGGUCUUCACCGCCAUGGCCGGAUCCGACGCCAACGAGACGGCGUACAAGGCCGCCUUCAUGUGGCGCCGCCAGAAGGAGCGAGGUGGCCCCUCGGUCGAGUUCACCGAGGAGGAGAUGAGCUCGGCCAUGAACAACCAGUCGCCCGGUGCUUCGCAGCUGUCCAUCAUGUCCUUCAAGACCGGUUUCCACGGCCGCCUCUUCGGCUCUCUCUCGACCACCCGCUCCAAGCCCAUCCACAAGCUCGACAUCCCCGCCUUCGACUGGCCCCAGGCCACCUUCCCUCAGCUCAAGUAUCCUCUCGAGGAGCAUGCUGAGGAGAACGCCAAGGCUGAGGCUGCUGCCCUCGAGGAGGUUGAGCACCUGAUCAAGACCUGGCAUAUUCCCCCUGCCGCCGUCAUCGUCGAGCCCAUCCAGUCCGAGGGUGGUGACAACCACGCCUCGCCCGCCUUCUUCCGUGGCCUUCGUGAGGUCACCAAGAAGCACGGCGUUCUCCUGAUCGUCGACGAGGUCCAGACAGGUGUUGGUGCCACUGGCAAGUUCUGGGCUCACGAUCACUGGGACCUCCCCACCCCUCCGGACAUGGUCACCUUCUCCAAGAAGGCUCAGACUGCCGGAUACUACUUUAGCAACCCCGAGCUUCGCCCCAACAAGCCUUACCGCCAAUUCAACACCUGGAUGGGUGACCCCGCCCGUGCUCUUCUCUUCCGCGCCAUCAUCGACGAGGUCCAGCGCCUGAACUUGGUCGAGCACACUGCCAAGGUCGGCGACUACCUGUUCGGCAAGCUGGAGGAGCUCUCCAAGAAGUACCCCGGCGAGUUCCAGAACCUCCGUGGCAAGGGCCAGGGAACCUUCAUUGCCUUCGACAACCCCAAGCGUGACCAGUUCCUCGCCAAGGCCAAGAAGUUCGGUGUCAACAUUGGCGGCAGCGGUGCCAACGCCGUCCGGCUCAGGCCCAUGCUUAUCUUUGAGCAGGGCCACGCCGACAUCCUGCUCGGGGCCUUGGAGAAGAUUGUCACCAGCUGGUGA